GCUUGCCACUGUCCUUGGUAGCAGGCACUCCCUGAGCUCAACAGCAUCAACAUGUCUGUUCGAUACAGCUCAACCAAGCAGUACUCUUCCUCCCGCAGUGGAGGAGGAGGAGGUGGAGGAGGAUCAUCCCUCAGAAUUUCGAACAGCAAAGGCUCCCUUGGUGGAGGAUAUAGCUCAGGGGGCUUCAGCGGUGGCUCUUUCAGCCGUGGGAGCUCUGGUGGAGGCUGUUUUGGGGGCUCGUCAGGUGGCUUUGGAGGAAUAGGAGGAGGUUAUGGUGGAGGUAGCUUUGGUGGAGGCUUCGGAGGCAGCAGCUUUGGUGGGGGCUAUGGAAGUGGGGGCUAUGGAGGAGGCAGCUUUGGAGGUGGCAGUUUCGGUGGGGGCAGCUUUGGUGGAGGUGGCUAUGGAGGAGGCUUUGGUGGUGGAUUUGGAGGAGAUGGUCUUCUCUCUGGAAAUGAAAAAGUAACCAUGCAGAAUCUGAAUGACCGGCUGGCUUCCUACCUUGACAAAGUUCGGGCUCUGGAAGAAUCAAACUAUGAGCUGGAAGGUAAAAUCAAGGAGUGGUAUGAAAAGCAUGGCAACUCAAGCCAGCGGGAGCCUCGGGACUACAGCAAAUACUACCAAACCAUUGAAGAACUGAAAAAUCAGAUCCUCAACCUAACAACGGACAACGCCAAUGUCCUGCUUCAGAUUGACAAUGCCAGGCUGGCAGCUGAUGACUUCAGAAUGAAGUAUGAGAAUGAGGUAACCCUGCGACAAAGUGUGGAGGCCGACAUCAACGGCCUGCGCAGGGUGCUGGAUGAGCUGACCCUCACCAAGGCUGAUCUGGAGAUGCAGAUCGAGAGCCUGACUGAAGAGCUGCAGUACCUGAAGAAGAACCAUGAAGAGGAAAUGAGAGACCUUCAGAACGUAUCUACUGGUGACGUGAAUGUGGAAAUGAAUGCUGCCCCAGGUGUUGAUCUGACUGAACUUCUGAAUAACAUGAGAAGCCAAUAUGAGCAACUUGCUGAAAAGAACCGAAAGGAUGCUGAAGCCUGGUUCAAUGAAAAGAGCAAGGAACUGACUACAGAAAUCGAUAACAACAUUGAACAAAUGUCCAGCCACAAAUCCGAAAUUACUGAAUUGAGACGCACGGUUCAAGGUCUAGAGAUUGAACUACAGUCCCAACUGGCCCUGAAACAAUCCCUGGAAGCCUCCUUGGCAGAAACGGAAGGUCGCUACUGUGUGCAGCUCUCACAGAUUCAGGGCCAGAUCACCUCCCUGGAGGAACAGCUGCAACAGAUUAGAGCUGAAACCGAGUGCCAGAACGCUGAAUACCAACAACUCCUGGAUAUUAAGAUCCGACUGGAGAAUGAAAUUCAAACCUACCGCAGCCUGCUAGAAGGAGAGGGAAGUUCCGGAGGCGGAUCCUACGGCGGCGGUCGCGGCGGCGGAAGUUCUGGCGGUGGCUACGGAGGAAGUUCCGGCGGCGGCAGCUACGGGGGCAGUUCCGGCGGCGGCGGCUACGGCGGAAGUUCCGGCGGCAGUCACGGAGGCAGUUCCGGCGGCGGCCACGGCGGUAGCCACGGCGGUAGCUUCGGCGGCGGCAGCUCCGGUGGAGGUGGUCACGGCAGCAGUUCCGGCGGCGGCCACGGCGGCAGCUUUGGCGGUGGCAGCUCCGGCGGAGGCCAGAGCGGAAGCGGAGGCUUCAAAUCCUCCUCUUCCGGGUCCGCUGGAGAGGCCUCAUCUAAGGGACCAAGGUCAGCAGAAAAUCUCUGGGAUACUAACAAAACCAGAGUAAUCAAGACAAUUAUUGAAGAAGUGACACCUGAUGGUAGAGUUCUUUCAUCUAUGGUUGAAUCAGAAACCAAGAAGCACUACUAAUAAGUAGCAUCAAGACGAAAGAGUCUCCCUUCACACAGGCCAUUAUAUAACAGAUGCAUGGCAAAAUAUUCAACACUUCUGUCUUAAUGGUCUGUAGAAACAGGUUCACUCCUUGAAAAUAAGGUGUCUAAAAGGUGUUUUGUGAUUUCUGUAUUUCUUCUUUUCACUUUGCCAGAAAGUGUUUUUUCGUGGAAAAAGAAAAACUUUCUGUUCUCAUUUACUAAUGAAUUUCAAUAAACUUUCUUACUGAUGCAAACUA